UAGCAAAUUCAAAGCAAGAUAUCUGCUCAUUAGAAACUUCUUGGUUCGACUUGCAAGAAAAGACUAUUGUGUUUUGGCUUAAUUUUCUUUAGAUCCCCCCMAAAAAACAAAUGCUUUUCUUUAGUUAUAGGCGACAGCACAAGUGAGUUUGUUUGUGGUAGCUUUGCGGUGUUUGUAUCGUCAAAGCAGAACCAAGUUUUGAGUUGCAUUUACAUAAGGUUAGAUUCUAGUUUUGAGCAGCCAGUUCUCUGUUCAAAGGAGCCUUUGCCUUGAGCACAAUUCACCAUGUCCAAACCAAUCGGUGUAAGUGUUCCAGAUUCAGAGACGUUAAGCUCCGAGUCCAAGUCUAAGCGGUUCACGAAAUCAUAAUGCUAUUUGGUUAGAAGUCCAUUAAAUCCAAGUUUGUAGUUAUUGAAAGUGACCCCAAGUGUCUACAAAGUCCUCAUCAAGCUUCCUGAUGGAAGAAGCUACUUUAUAUUCAGAAGAUACAAUGAAUUCCAUCAUCUUUGUGAUAAGCUUAAGAAAGUAUUCCCAGAUCUGCAUAUUAAGCUGCCUGGUAAAAGACUGUUAGGAAACAAUUUUGAUCCAGAGUUUAUAAAGAUGAGAAGAGAAGGUCUGAAUGACUCUAUUGGCAAGAUUCUAUCGCAUCCAGGAGCAAUGGAUCAUCCUGAUGUGAGGGAGUUCCUUUCAUUGGACAAUCCAAAAAAUUCUGCUCAAGCUAAYGAUGAAGAUCCUGGAACCGAUGAUACUGGUGACGCAGCUGGUUCUGGCAAAGAUAUAGAUAAGAUGGAUCUAGGAGAAUCCCACAAUCCUAAAGCUAAACCCAGUGACUUCUUGUUUCUUAAAGUAAUUGGAAAAGGAAGUUUUGGAAAGGUUUUCUUAGCCAAGAAUAAACAGGAAGAAAAGUUCUAUGCUAUUAAAGUUCUCAACAAGUCUGCAAUACGGAAAAGAAAUGAGGCAAAACACAUCAUGGCAGAGCGUAACGUUCUUGUCCAAAAUGUAACCCAUCCUUUUCUUGUGGGUCUGCACUAUUCAUUCCAAACCAAAGACAAGCUAUAUUUUGUAUUAGACUAUGUCAAUGGUGGCGAAUUAUUCUUUCAUUUGCAAAGAGAAAGAUAUUUCCCAGAAUCCAGAGCAAGAUUUUAUGCUGCAGAAAUUGCCUCGGCAAUUGGUCAUAUGCAUUCUCUGAAAAUCAUUUAUCGAGACUUGAAACCAGAAAACAUCUUGUUAGACUCAAAGGGUCAUAUUGUCCUGACUGAUUUUGGUCUAUGUAAAGAAGGUAUUGACAGAAAGGGUACAACAUCAACAUUUUGUGGCACACCAGAGUAUUUAGCACCAGAAGUGCUUCGCAAACAGGAGUAUGACAAAUCAGUAGAUUGGUGGUGUUUGGGUGCUGUGCUCUAUGAAAUGAUGUAUGGGCUGCCACCAUUCUACAGUCGAGAUACUGCUGAGAUGUAUGAUAAUAUUCUACACAAGCCUCUUCGUCUGAGAACCAACAUCUCACAGAGUGCACGCACUAUUCUAGAAGGGCUGCUACAAAAAGACAAAACUAAGAGAUUAGGUUCUGGGGAAGCUGACUUUGAUGAGAUCAAGACACAACAAUUUUUCAGGAAUAUAAACUGGGAGAUGUUGGUGGCAAAAACUAUAGAACCACCAUACAACCCUAAUGUGAGUGGGCAGCUGGACUUAAAACAUUUCGACCCAGAAUUUGUUCGCGAGCCAGUACCUGGUUCGGUGGGUAAAUCAGCUGAUUCUAAUUUCGUGAGUGCAAGUGUGGACGAUCCCGACGAUGCAUUCGUUGGCUUCACCUAUGUCCCACCCUCAGAAGAAACCUUACAUGAUUAACAAAACGUAUCAUAUUUUUUUCACGAUGAUUAUUGGUUGGUCUUGACACGACGCGUCUCGAUCACGAGCUGAUUUAUUGGUUACUCAAGACUCGCGCGUAAGCGAGUUCCUCGUGCUCACCACGCGAGGGACCUUCCAUCACCGUAUGUUGGUCAACAAGGUCGUAGCAUUAAAUGACUUCAAAUGAAUUUCCAAGUAAUUUCUUUCUUUUUUCCCCUUCGAUUAGGAUUUACAGCCAAAGUAAAAUACCUUGAACACCUAAAAUAUGUCUGGAAUGUUGAACAUCGUGUUCUGACCAAUCACAUGCAAGAAUAAAAUAGAAACGAAUUCAUUCUCGCAUCUGAUUGGUCAGAACACGUUACUUACCAUUCCAGUCAUUCUUUAGUUGUUCACGGUCUUCUUAGUUUGACUGUAAAAACCGUAACUUUUUUAGAAGGUUUGCCAGAGCGAAAUACAGCGAGUAAAGACGAACCAUGAUCAGAAAAUUAGUUUGAAAAAUGUUUUUUUAACCAUUCGAUGAAUUACUUUGAGCCUUCGUCAAAUCAUCCAUGAUUUAGUGUAUUCAUCUUGGCGAUGUCCUUUGAUUUUUUCUCUUUGACAACCUUUGAAGAACAGACAAACGAAAAGGAAGAAUAAAACAUUUUUGAUUCUCAAACUUUUCUGUAGUUUGUGUAGCUCUACCCUCUCAGUACAGUCCUUAAUCAAGGUGUAUUUCUUACGAAAAAGUCCACCAUUUUCUGCUACAACCUCUCGAAUACCUGUGUGCUAUUGUAAUGUGAAAUAUCUUUUGAAAAAUGAUUAUCAAUGCAGAAAUAAAAUACCGGUUUCAGUAUA